AUCAAUUGAGUUAUGUUCAAGUUGACAAUGUUAGUGUUCAAUCAAAGCCCUGCAAUGGCGGUAGAUGCUGCUGCCAUUAAUUCCCGAACCACUUCCCUCUCCCUCUCUAUUUAAUCACUCUCCUCCUCUUCCUCAUUUUCGCACAAGACCUAACCUAUAUCAAAAUCAAACCUCCGCCUCUCAGAUCUCAACAAUGGCGGCCUCGAUUUCCGCGCCGAUCUUCUUGCUCUUGGCGGCGAUAAUCACAUCCGCGGCGGCUCGCGGCGGUGCUCCAAAGCCUCCAGUUCCGGCUCCGGCGGCGAUGGACUGCUUGACGACGCUUCUGAACAUGUCGGACUGCCUCUCGUACGUGUCGAUCGGGAGCAAGGACCAUCAGCCGGACAAAAACUGCUGCCCGGAGCUGGCGGGGCUGGUGGAAAGCAGCCCGCAAUGCCUGUGCCAACUGCUCAGCGAUCCCCAAAAAACUGGUUUGGACAUUGAUGUGGAUCGAGCUUUGAACCUUCCUUCCGCCUGCAAAGUCUCCACUCCUCCGAUUUCCCUCUGUUCACUUUUGGGAUAUCCAGUAACAUCACCAGCUAGUCCUGCACCAGCACCAACCACAUUGCCACCAGGUGUUCAACCACCGGAUGUGGGAGGCUUGCCCACCAACGCCACCCCGGGAAACAGUGGAAACAGAGCUUCGAGUAUUGACCGCCUUCAUCUUGCAUUUCCAAUAGGCUUAGCCUUGGCAUUUCUUCCAAAACUUCUCUAACCAAAUGAUGUUUGAUCAUCUGUUAUUGUUUGCCAAUUUUUCUCUCUUUUUCAAUUCAGAAGUCAUUGUCAUGAGAUACUUUAAUGAUUGUUACUUGUUAGGCAAUAAAAUUUUAGCUUUUAUUGAAA